AUGGACUCCCCGGAGUGUGUUGGGUUGUGUUGGGUGUAUCUACAUCUGUCCCACCAUUCUGUCUUUCUCACUGCUUGGGCUGUCAUCUGUCCCACCUCCAUCUUCUGUCCACCUACAUCUGUCCCACCCCAUCUGUCCACCUGCAUCUGUCCAUCCUUUCAUCUGAUCCACUCCUCCAUCUGCUCCCAACUGCAUCUGUCCCACCUCCUCAUCUGCCCCACCUACAUCUGUCCCAACACAUCUGCGGGUCCCACCUCCAUCUGCUCCACCUGGUCCAUCUCCCACCUUCAUCUUUCUCUCUGUCCCCAACCUCCAUCUGCCCUGCCUCACCUCUCGUCUCUUCUCCAUCUGCCCCACCUCCAUCUGUCCCAUCUCCAUCUGCCCCACCACCUACAUCUGCCCCACCUCCAUCUGCCCACCAAGCAUCUGUCCUGCACAUCCAUCUGUCCACCUGCAUCUGCCCCAUCUCCAUCUGCCCCCACCUCCCUUCUGUCCCCACCUUACAUCCGCCCCACCACAUCUGUCCCAUUACAUCUGCCAUCCAUCUCCAUCUGCCCCCACCUCUCUGUCCCACUGUCUGUCCCACCUCCAUGUCCAUCUCCAUCUGUCCCACCUCCAUCUGCCCCACACUACAUCCUGUCCUGUCUACAUCUGUCCCAUCUCCAUCUGUUCCCCCUCUCCAUCUGCCCCAUCUACAUCUGUCCCACCUACAUCUGCCCCACCUACAUCUGUCCCACCCCUCUGCCCCACCUCCAUCUGUCCCACCUACAUCUGCCCCACCUACCAUCUGUCCCACCUACAUCUGUCCUGCACCUCCAUCUGCCCCCUCCAUCCACAUCUGUCCCACCUCCAUCUGUCCACCUACAUCUGCCCCAUCUACCAUCUGUCCCACCUACACCUGUCCCCACCUACAUCUGCCCCACCAACAUCCAUCUGCCCCACCUACAUCUGUCCCACCUACAUCUGCCCCACCUACAUCUGCCCCUCCCUUCCUACAUCUGCCCCCCACCUACAUCUGUCCCACCUACAUCUGCCCGUGUCCUCCACCUACAUCUGUCCCACCACCAUCUGUCCCACCUCCAUCUGCCCCCUCCUACAUCUGCCCCCACCUACAUCUGCCCCCACCUACAUCUGCCCCACCUACAUCUGCCCCCACCUCCAUCUGCCCCCACCUACAUCUGCCCCACCUACAUCUGCCCCACCUACAUCUGUCCCACCUCCACCUACAUCUGUCCCACCUCCAUCUGCCCCACCUCCAUCUGUCCCACCUCCAUCUGCCCCACCUACAUCUGCCCCACCUACAUCUGCCCCACCUCCAUCUGCCCCCACCAACAUCUGCCCCACCUACAUCUGCCCCCACUUCUCACCUACAUCUGUCCCACCUUCAUCUGCCCCACCACUCCAUCUGUCCCACCUCCCAUCUGCCUUCACCUACAUCUGCCCCACCUCCAUCUCCCCCUACAUUGCCCCACCUCCACCUGGAUUUGCCCCACCUCCAUUCUGUCCCACCUCCAUCUGCCCCCACCUACAUCUGUCCCAUCUGUCCCACCUACAUCUGCCCCCACUUCCACCUACAUCAAUCUGCCCCAGCCCCACCUACAUCUUGUCAUCAACACCAAUUCCAUAGGUUAUCUGUGUAAUUCCCCAUUCACCCUCUCCAUCUGCCCCCACCUUACCAAUCUACAUCUGGGUUCUUCACAGUCCGGACGCUGUACCUACAUCUGCCCCACCUACAUCUGUACCCACCUACAUCUGAUUCCACCCACAAUACAAAGCAUGGAUGACAAGUGA